UGACAACAAAGCUUCCGUGACGACCCAAAACCCAACCAUGGCUCGCAUCUUCAUCACCGGCUCCAGCGACGGCAUCGGCCAGGCUGCGGCCAAGAUACUUGCCGAUCAAGGCCAUUCGGUCGUCCUUCAUGCUCGCAACGCAGAUCGCGCUUCCUCGAUAGAGCGAGCAGUACCUAACGCCGAAGCUGUACUUGUUGGCGACCUUGCGAUCAAUUGUUGAAACCAAGAAACUGGCAGAAGCCGCCAAUGCAUCCGGGAGCGGGGCGUUCGACGCCAUAAUUCACAACGCAGGCAUCGGCUACGGUGCCACGAUGUCGGAAUGGGUGUCACGGAUGAAUAUGUUGGAGACAUAUGAAUCUUAUGUGUAUCAAGAUCUGCUUGUUAUAUUAUCCGUGCACUAUCUAUUAUAGCUAAUUGCAUACAAAAGAUAGAGCUAUUUAUAGUGAAACAAAUGUGCGAGCCAAGAGAG